GUCACUGCAAUGUACACUCCAUCCACAGAAAAACAUGAAAAAUCACUACAGAAACACCAUCUCUAUCUCUCUUACAUAUCUCUUUCUUUGUCUCUUUAUCACAUAUGUGUCUUCACAAUCCUUGAUACGACAAAUCCCCGAUGACUUCAAUACAGAUCUAAAAGAAGUGCCUUACGUACAAAAACAUCAUGAGUUCUCAUCGCGUCACUAUAAUGUCUCUCAUUCGAAGACGGUAACAGGUAUGAGAAAUCUUCGUCCAUCAACCUAUUCUUACAAGAUUGAGACAAACGUUAUAGACAAAUUUGAAACUCGUCCUUUCACGGUUGGUGGAUACAAUUGGAUUCUCCAUGUGUACCUUAAUGGGAACACAAAGGAUGGUGGUGCAGGUUACGUUUCUCUUUACGUAGAAAUAGACAAGUCAGGUUUCGAUUCUGCACAUCAAGAGGUUUACGCGGAUCUCAGGUUUUACAUCUUCAACAGGAAGGAGAGGAAAUAUUUUACCAUCCAAGAUACGGAUGUGUGGCGAUUCAAUGCCUUCAACACGAUGUGGGGAUUCUCUCAGGUCCUCCCCGUUGAUACCUUCAAAGACCCGAAAAAUGGUUACCUUUACGAUGGAGAACACUGUGAGUUUGGUGUUGAUGUGACCGUUCCUACUCCCUUUGAAGAAUCAGAAACUUUCUCAAUCAGCAGUAGUUCUGAUAAAUUCACCUGGAGAAUUGAGAACUUCUCCACGUUGGUCAAAGAUGCUUACUCAUCUGUGUUCUCUCUUGGAGGAAAAAAAUGGAACUUAAGAAUGGUUCCAACUGGUUCUGGCUCCGGAAGCGGAAAAUACGUUUCAUUGUUUCUUCAACUUUCUACAAAUCAAAGAAGAGCAUAUGAGUACAUUUAUGUUCGAGUCAAGUUUCGAGUUCUUAACCAACGCAAACUCAGUAACCGCGAAUCGGAACUAAGGAAUUGGUACGGAAGAACCUAUUCUUGGGGUAUCGUGAACCUUAUCUCUUUCGAUGAUCUCAGAGAUUCGUCAAAGGGUUUCCUUGUGAAUGACGCGUUGAUCGUUGAAGUCCAAUUGGAGGCUAUUUCUACUACCACGUACUUCCCUUAGUUAACUAAAGGAACAUUCAGCUCUAUCUUUGUGUUAUUACCAACCCUUUUGUGUUAUUAUUUUCGGCUAUUAUCAACCACUCAAUUAUAAUAAGAAUCCAUGUCAAACUAAGAAAAAAGAUUCGUAAAUAUAUGUAAUGUUUUGUUGAAUGAACUUUGUAAUCCC